UUACAUUCUGCUAAAGACAAAUACCACUUCACUAUCAUCAUCAUCAUCUUCCAUUCCCUAUUUCUUCUCUGUUCAUCACUGCACAUUCAUGUCUUUACCCUAACACGCAACACUCCACUCUGUGAUUUUCCAUCACCUUUCCUUCCAAAAAUCUCAUAUCUUGCACUGUUCUCCAUGUUCAAAUACGCCAAAAACCCAAAAAAGGAAAAUAAUGGACAAUGAUAGGAACCCCUCGACCCAACACCACCAACAAUUCCACCAGUACUAGCACCACAAGCGAGCUCUUUAUUUGAUUCACUUCUCGCUUCUCUUCUUCUUCUUCUUUUUCUUCUUCCAUGAAGAUCUCUUCUAAAUCUAUUGUUAGUCCUGGCCGUGCCAGAGAACCUUCUCAAAUCUCUCUUUCCAACUCUCUUAGUAGAAGAUUGAGAACUAAUGGUAGCAUGAAGGGUGGCCAAGCUUCUCCUAUGUUCCCCACCAAUGGCAAGAAACGUGGCUGUGCCUUUGAAAAUCCUGAACCUUCUUCCCCAAAGGUUACCUGCAUUGGACAGGUCAGGGUCAAGACCAAGAAACAGGGCAAGAAGCUCAGGCUUAGAUCUCACUCUCAGAGAAGAGGUGAGGUAAGUUUUAGAAGAGUAGACCAAACCAACAGCACCAACACUAACAAUCUUGAACCCAGUAUCCAUCAAGAUUUUGCUCACAAUGUAAACAAUCAGUUUCUCAAUCAGCAGCAGCAACAGGAGCGCUUACCGCACAGGAAUCAGAGAUGGGUACAUUUGCCUUUGACCAUAUGCGAAGCUUUAAGGGCAUUUGGUGCCGAGUUCAAUUGCUUUCUACCCUGCCGUUCCUCCUGUACGGCAAGCGAGAAAGAGAAGGAAGAGAAGGCUGCAGGAUCCAGCAAUGGAAGCUCUUGUGUGGCGGUGUUAGCGCGGUGGCUGGUGACCGUGCAAGAGGGAGAAGGAAAGGGAAGAGAAAUAGAGUUGGUGGUUGGAGAAGAUGAAGAGGACAGAGAAGAGUAUACAGAGAGGAGGAGCUACAGGAGGCAUGUUUUUGAAGAGAUAGAAUUCAAAGAAGAGAAAUAUGGAGAAGGAAAUGAGAGUAUGCAAGAAGAGGAAGCAAGGUUGAGCAUUUGCAUCCCACCAAAGAAUGCUUUGUUAUUGAUGAGGUGCAGAUCUGACCCUGUGAAAAUGGCUGCUCUUGCUAACAAAUUUUGGGAAGCACCUGUUCCAAAUGUUGAGGAUGAGGAAGAUGGUGAAGACGAUACAAAUAAGGGAGAAGAAAAGGAUCAUGCAGAGGUUGGAGGAGGUGGUGAUGAAGAGGCUCAAAGACCAGUGCUUGAGCAAGAAAUGAAGCAUGAAGAGGAUUUGAUGAAUGAAAACUGGGUUUCUUGUGAAAACGCUGAAGAGCAUCAAGUUCAAGAACAUGAAGCAAAUCUAGUUGUUUUGGAUAUUGGUGUUGUGGAGGAAGGAAAUUUAGGGGAGCAAGAAGAGCAAACAGAAGAAACUCCAUUGGAGGGUCCUUCUCCCUUACGAGAAGAAGGUGAAGAUACAGAAAACUCGAAGAAAGAUGAAAAUGAAGAGUUGCUCCAAGAAAGUGAAGAUAACAAGGAAAAUGAACUCGUUAGAGCAGAAGAAAACGAACAAGAAAGCAAUCCCAGCGAUGAUAAUGUGCCCAUACAUCAAGAGCAAGAACCUAAAGAAGCUGGCCAAGAGUUACCAGAAGAAGACCGAGAUGAAUCAGAAUCAGCUGAGACUGCUCGAGCUUUAGCAGAAGAAGUUGCAACACAAGAAGCACGGGAAGAGAAAGAUUCAAUCUGCAUGCCUGAAGAGGGUGGAGGAGAAAGUGAAGAGACGGCGACCCAUGAAGGAUCCGAACCGGUAUACCCGAAAACCCAAGAAGACGAAAUGAACUUGAAGUCAAAGGAGAGAGAAAGUCAGCCAACGUUACCAGAUUGCUUGCUCUUAAUGAUGCGUGAGCCUAAGCUGUCAAUGGAAGUAUCCAAGGAGACCUGGGUCUGCAGCACGGAUUUCAUCAGAUGGUUACCAGAGCAUUCAAGGCCCAUUAAGAAAAAGGACGGUAGAGAUGAGCCCAAGAAAAGGAUUAGCAUUGACAUCAAUCCUCGGCCGCUGCACAACAACUUGCAGCAACCACCUAGGUCUUCAUGUUCAUAUCCGGCUAAGCCGCCAGUUCGAGCGGCUGGCUCAGAGUCUAUGUCCACAGCGAUUGAGCAGAAGCUGGUGGGAAGCAAGGUUUAUGAGCCGUUUGUGCUAACGCGCUGCAAGUCAGAGCCGAUGAGGUCAGCAGCUAAGCUUUCACCGGCAGUAGCACCAGAGGCUUGUUUCUGGAAGAAUAGGAAGCUGGAGCCGCAUCGUCCGGCGACGAUUGGGGUCGGCGCCGCCGAGGUUGGGUACUAACUAUUAACUAAAGCGAGUCUAGUGAAGUAAUCUUGGCAAGAAAAGGGCGUGGUAAGUUGUAAUGGUAAAUCAGUAAUUUUGUAGUUGAUUAAUAGUGUUUUUUUACUGCAAUGGCAUCCAUGUAAAUGUAUUUUGCUUUAGUUUUUAAUUUUAUUAUUAUUAUUAUUAUUUUUAAUUAGUCGAACAUUCAUAAUUGGGUGAGACUAUAACUAACAUAGACGUGAUAUUUGUUAAGGUGGUGGUGUGAAUGGGUAGGAGGAUUAUCUUGUCAAAAACAUGAGCCAUCAUGUUGUUAUGAGUCUUGUUGAUUGAUAUAUGAAUAUGAUUUUGUUUGAA